GACCCGGAAGUUGGGCGGUACUGCUGUUUUGCUGUCGAGUCACCUCUGUCGGGAUGGAGGCAAACGAACUGCUAUCAUGCUGAAAAACCUAGGAUCCUCACAACCGCGCAUCGUCUACCCGCAUAGUUAGACAUAAACCAACGUUAAUCUUCUUCACUAUUGUACCGUUUCCGUAACGCUUUGUUAAAAUGAUGGAAGAAAUCGACCGGUUUCAAGUACCCCCAGUCAACGGAGAGACACAGCCUUUGGUGCUGUGAGCCCAAAUGAUCGCGUGAACAGGAGCUCCGUCCACAUCGAUACUGCAGACUGCAACCCUCAGGAUGGCUAGCCCGAGCAGGCCCAUAGACCCCGCAGCGUCCUCCAGCUCAGAGGCUGACGCUGACACCAAGGGAGACACCGUGGCCAUGAACUACAAGCCCUCACCACUGCAAGUCCAAAUAGAGAAACAGAGGGACCAUGCCAGGAAGGGAUCAGUGAAGAAUGGCACCGUGGGCAGUCCUGUCAAUCAACAACCCAAGAAGAAUGCUAGGACAAGGUUGGUGGUUCCAAACAAAGGCUACUCGUCUUUGGACCAGAGCCCAGAUGAGAAGCCCCUGGUGGCACUGGACACUGACAGUGAUGAUGACUUUGACAUGUCCAGAUACUCCUCGUCAGGAUACUCCUCAGCCGAGGUGAGAUGUCUGAGGGACCAGCAGAUCAACCAGGACCUGAACAUCCAGCUCCUGAAGGACGGGUACCGGCUCGACGAGAUCCCGGAUGACGAGGACCUGGAUCUGAUCCCCCCAAAAGCCGUCAACCCCACCUGCAUGUGCUGUCAAGCUGCUCCCUCUACAGCCUGUCAAAUCCAAUAGCGCCCCCAAACCGCCCCCCCCCCCCCCCCCCUCCCCCUCCUCCUCCUCCGCCCCCCCGCACCCCCCUUUCCUGCCUGCCACCUGCGCUGAGGCCAACAACGGACAGGAGUGUCUGCAAGGAGGAAAAGCUGGCAGUGGCACUAAGGGAAAACGACGGUUGGAAAUGCUGAGUCAGGAGAUGGAGAAAGGAGAAGUCGUCAGAGAUGUACAGUACCUGUGCACACGUUCCUCCUAUGGUAGGAUCUGUGCAUCUCACUUCACUGCGUUGUUGGUUCGGGCGAGGGCAGAAACAUUAAGGGAAACGUGUUGCUUUCGCUACGCCUUCGUUUGAAUUCCAUCUCAUGCUUGUGGAUAUUUUGGUUUACGAGGACCGCGCAUCAUUGUAGAAGAGCGGAGCGUCGGUUGGAGCACCCGAAAUGGUGACGAGGUGACAUUACCGUGACAGUGCGUCAUCAAUGGAGUCCACUUCUGCUACUGGUGUGUCAUUGAAAGUGUCAAAACAAAGGACAAGAGGAGAUUGGAAGUGUUGUUGUGGCCAUUGCGUUUUCUUUGUCUUUCUCAUUUCUCUUUCAGCCAGUCUGCUUUGUCUUCCCGUGUGUAUAAAUGUGUCAACCGUGAAAAUGACAUAUGUGUGUCUAAAUAUAUCCGAGGAAGCGGUUCUAAACCAUCAGGCCGCUGGUGAAACACUAAUGCUCACUUUUUCCGACACAAUGGGAGUAAUCCCAGGUUUUGGUUGGUCCGUCCCACUUUGGUUGUUCAGUUUGAAACUGAAAACAAACCGUUUUGCAUGUUGCCUGUGAACACGGCGUCCUACUGACCGGCUUGUGCAGAUGAUCUAUCAGUCUUUGUCAACUUCUAAACGCACCCUUGUGCUGAAGAGACAAAUAUGUGCUGCGUGCUUUUGAAAAAAAAAAAAAAAAAAAAAACAUGGACCCACUAGUAUUUCGGUUCAUCCACAAACCGCUCACGCGUUACUCCUUCCUUUACCUUUGUGUUUGUCCAGUAAAGCCCCGACAUGAGUGGAUGUGCAGGAGGAACGCAGCGGCAGUCGCCACCAGGGAAUGUGGUCACAAAAAAAAUAAAAUAAUAUUAGUGGGAGGGUUAGAAAAUCAGCAAAUACAUUGAAAGUUGUUGGCUGUACCUGUGUUAUGGCUUCUGAAGAAUGUCUUUAAAGUGGUUCCAUAUUGCUUGGAUAGAAAUACAUUUUUUUUUUUUUUUGUACAUCUGUGCAUAUUCCCCCUUGAAUUACAUUAUGAGCUAUUUGAUUGGGGACCGUGUAUGUAGCACCGGACACAGCUGUGUAUUGUCGAUGCUUUAUGCCAAUGGAUGUUUUCCAAUAGUGUUGAGUAGGAAUAAUGCAUAGUGAUUAUUUGUACUGUUUACAUCACACCUUGUUAGAGCUACAGAUGGUAAAAGUCACUUGCAUGAGAAUCUGUUUUGAAACAAAUGAGACUGAAGAACAGACCCCAAAAACACAAAAUGCACAUUUUCACAACUAAAAAGAUAUUUUCUAAUCAUAAUAACUAAAACCUAGAUAGACAUGUGUCUGGAAAAUUCCAGAUCUUUAAGCAGAGGGGAAAAAAAAGGAAGGCAUAUUUUUCAAUGAAUUUCAAUAUGUAAAUUGAGAUUCAGAAGCUAAGGCUCAUUCAAUCUAUUUUCCUGUAAGAGCACCACUGCUAAACCUGGUUAAAAUGCCCCAAUGCUUCCACAGCACUAAAGAAAACAAGCAUUAAGACAAGUUCCAGGUUCCAUGUGUGUAGAUGAUAAAAUGACUUGUAAUAAGUAGAAAAAUACCAGAAUAGAAGACUAGGUCAGGUGUUAUGUCACUUAUGCAGCUACUAGCUGAGGUGUGUGUUUGACCAGUGGUUGUUUGCACUUCACAUUAACAUGUAAGGACGGACUGUAAAUGACUAUGGUGCUGAUAUUUUCUGUCUCUCGUUAACGUCAUCCAUAUAGACUCGCACACGGGCCGUGGCGUGUGUGCGUGCGCCAACGUCGUCUCACUUGGGUUGUAGCUUCACUAAUGUUUUGAUUUCAGAGUGUUAAUCGAUGCGUUGUAACAUAAGCUAUUUAUUUGCAGUCAUGUGACUUUAAGUUAUUUUUUAAGAUGGGAUACAUUCAUGUGCAGACAUUUUUUUUUAAUUUUAUUUUUUGUCACGUGUUUACUAUGAUCGUGAACUGGUUCCAUUUAGAUUUUAACAGUGUCAACGUUCUGUGUAUAGUGCAACAUAUCAAAAAAUAAAUAUUGGAUAUCUGAAGUGUGAUAAUGCCA